GGGAGCGGCCCCGCCCCCGGGCGGCGUCCCAGGUGACGUCACACCGAAAGGGAAUCCCGGGUGACGUAGCGGGGAGCCCCGGCGCGCGCCCCGGAGCCGGCCGCCGCGCGGGGUCCCGGUGCCGCUUCCCGCCGCCUCCCGCGCCCCGUUGGCAGCGGGACGGGACGGGGCGGGACGGGGCGGGAUGGGGCGGGGGGGGGGCGGCGGCUCCCGCCCGACGGCAGCGGCAGGCAUCCGCGGCCGGGCGCGGGUGUCCGGUGGGCCGGCGGGAGGCGGGGCGGGGCGGAGAGGAGCGGAGGGGAGAGGGGAGGAGAGAGGCCCCGCGCGGGGAGGACCGUUAGGCGCCAGAUGUUUGGCAGCGGCCGCGGAGGAAGUCGCUGCCGGGGCCCUGAGUCCCGCCCGAGCCGCGCCGGAGCAGGCAGGGCCGCGCCAUGGCCCGCCCGGCUCCCCCGGCAGUGCCGCCGCCUCCGGGGCCGCUGGCCCGCGGCUCGCUCAGCCUCCACCGCGCCUACCUGCGGAGCCCGCUGGGCCUGCUGCGCCUCGGCCAGCUGGCGCUGGGCGCUGCCUUCUGGGUGACGGUGGCGGCUCACAAGUACGAGGGGGCGGCCCACUUCGCUCUCUUCGCUGCCGUCCUGGUGUGGCUCCUCACCCUGGCCCUCUUCGGGCUGAGCCUGCUGGGGCGCUGGACGCUGGUGCCCUGGCUGGGCUCCCGCUGGCUCCUCACCAACCUGGUGCACGACCUGGCGCUGGGCGUGGGGCUCUAUGCGGCCGCCACCGGCAUCAUGGGCUACAAGGCCGGGCGGAAAAGCUAUUGCAACCUGCCGGGCUACAGCCAGCGCUGCCUCUACGGUGCCUACCUGAGUGCCUCUGUCUGCGGGGGCAUCGCCGCCUGCCUGUACCUCUUCUCUGGGCUCUACUGCCUGUCACGACGCUGCCGGGAUGAGCGCGACAUCAUCUGAGACCCCACGGCACUCAGCUCCCCUUCUCCUCGCCUGCGGAUGGAGCGCAGCGCCCCUCCGGGAUGAAGUGACCCUGACGCCCCAUCCCCUCCCGGCUGACUGCACCGCGCUUCCUCCGGAGACUCCUGCACAGACGGAUGGACAGACAGAGGCCUUCCCCAAGGAUGGAUUCUCCUGCAUCCCACCAAGACAACGUGGAGCCCCAGCCGCUGCACAGGCCCCUCUCCCACCCCUGGACGAUGUUGGCUAUUGCAAGUGGAAGGACCCAAGCGGAGAGCCCCUCAGAGGGACACCAAUUCUGGGAGCCCUCCCAGGGCCCCUGCCCAUCUCUCCUGCACUCAGCCUUGCAGAUGCUGUGUGCUCAGGUGGGUGCUGACCUGUCCCCGGGAUGGAGAGGACUGGCCUGGGGGAGCUGAGCAGGGGGCAGUGGUGUGUAGUGGGGUUGGGUGGGUAUAACUCCCCCCUAUACAGCCUUCUGGCAGCCCCUUCUCGCCAUUCCCAACUGCACGGCGCCUCCACAGUUCCCUAAUGGAGGCUCGGAUCUCGGCUUCCCCAGCCUGGGCCCCUCCUCCUGUCUGGCCUGAACAUGUCUCCCAUCUUGCUGGAGCCCCGCGGGGUUCAGCUGCUCCUGCUCUGCACUCUGGGGGUGUGGAGACACCCAGGUCCUGCACAGCCUGACCCAGUUGUCACCCCGGACCCCCGACACACUGUCCUGCUUGGGGGCUGAGCCUGCGCGGGGCAGCAAGGCCUCCAUCACUGCGGGGUGAAGGGAAGGGUGGGCAGGGCCAUUGCCUGGUCCAGCCUUGGGGUUUGUACUGCCCCGGGAUGGGGCCGGGUGCCCUGGGAUUGAAGGGAGCAGGGCACUGGGUCGUUGUCUCCCUCUGCCCUCCUGCAGUGAGGUUCAUGGCUCUGAGCCACCCAGAGCCACUGAGCCUGCCCCAGGGCCUGGCUGCUCCGACCAGGACAGGCACGGAGGCUGGCCUGCAGCCUGCCUGGCUCCGCGGCACUUGGUUUAUCAUCCCAGAAAACUCAUCUUGGGACUUUCUGGCUCCAUUUUGGGCCCUGCACUGCCCAGAGGCCGUGGCGAGGCAGAGGAGCAGGGUGAGCAUGGCAGCACUGGGCUGCUGCUGGCACCGUGGCUGUGGGUGAGCUGGGGCCGGGCACUGUGGGGACACAGCCUGUCCUGGGGAACAGAAGAGGGUGCCAGCAGUGGGGCCAGCCCAGCCCUGGAUGAGCCUUCACAGCCCGCUGGGUGCCAAGCCCUGAGGAGACCCUGUGGGGCCGGCUGGAGCAAUGGACAGCCAGAGACUCGGGAUUUUGGGAGGAGCACCACACUGGGGCUGCCCUGCCACAAGCCCUCCUCGCCCUGCCCGGAGGCAGGUCCUCUCUGUCGCUCCCGGUGUGAGGGAGAGUCUACCCCAGCAUCUUCGUAGACUGAGAUCGGUGGGAUGGGUGUUCCCAGCAGCUGUCCACCGACUCUGGCUGUUGUCUGGGGUUCCCUGGUGCCUUUUCUGGAGAGGAGAGCAGCAGUCGUGAUACUCCUGGGGCUUGGGAGGGACUGGGGUUGGUGCUGGGUCACCGCUUCCAUCAUGAGGUGCUAUCCCAGCUGAUCCCCCCUCAUGCCGUGGGCCAUCUACCCAUUCCCUGGGCAGGAUGUUCUGUCCUCUCCCUGUGUCAGGGCUGGUCCCCGACACCUCCUGCCUCCACCUGCUCCGGUGCAGCCCCUGGCCCAGGCUGCCCAAGGGCCCAGCAGGGCUUCUGCCACCACAAGUGCCUUUCCCUGGCUUUCCCUGCCUGUCACGCUGGCUCUGUCCCCUCUCCAGCCCCCUCUGCAGUGCCUAUGGAUUCACCUUCUCAAUAAAGCAACGUUGGCGCUCA